AUGGACCCGGAAAGGCGACAAUCGCUGACGCCGCAGAGCCAGCGGAGCUCGCAACAACGAAGACGUGGCUUAAAGAUGCAAACACUCCCAUUUCCAGAUGAUUUCAAGCCACGCAGUGGGGUGGUCAUGUCGCAGGAUGAAGAGGAUGAGGUUUCUAAAGAGCUAGGUGAGUUUCACCCGGGGGCUCAACAUUCCAGUUUUGAAAGAGACGACGAAUUCAAAUUCAAGCGUCAUAAACAUCGACACAACGCAGGAACUGCAAGUCUGGGCGAAAGAUUGGAUAAUAUCCAGGAACUGCAAAAUGCGCGUUGGAUGGAUAAUUUUAACUCGUCAGCCAACUUUGAGCGUCAUGGACGCAGCUCGCAGCGCGAGUUUUCGUCACAAGACUCGCAAAGACAGCAACAACAACAACAACAACAACAGAGUGUAUUACCAUUACAAGCACAACCUUAUAUGCCGUACAUGUACUAUUAUCCCUAUGCGCCUCCAAUGGUGCAUCCCGUGCCUGCAUCUCCAGUACGUGCGUCUGAGCAGGAAAAUAUGCAACAGUAUGUUAGCUCAUCGCAGGGCUACCCGAACACCUCUACCCAGCCAUUUCUCCCGCCUCUGCCGCCACAAAAUAGCCAGCUCAUGCCUCCUCCACCUCUUUAUCCUAAUUACUCGGGCUAUAACUACUACAACGACAUGCAGCGCAAUGCAGCGCAGCGAAGUCAGCAACGAAGGGAGAAACGCAGGUCGCUCAUGGCUCAAAGGGGCCGUAGGUUAUCGAUGUUGUCGAUACAGGAUAAUAGUCACAUCGUUUCCCCUCACAAAGAUGUACCAGAACACGAUUUUUACAGACAUAUCGCCAACACGUCGUUUGGUCAAGACUUGCAGAUACGACAGCUAUUCAGCUGGUGUUUUAUCCGCUGUCUACGGAAAUGGGAAUCGCGGGAGCACCAAGGGAGUCCGCAAAAAUCGCAUACACAGGGUGAAUCGUAUGUAGACCCGAAAAGAAUUGCAUUGGUCAUUAUAAAGGAGAUUGUAGAUGAUCUGCGAAAGGGUAAAAUGGACAUCAACUGGGACGCCGAUGAUUCGACAGAAGGCGCCACUGAGGACAACUCGCGAUAUCAUGAGGAAGAUACGGAAUUGCGAGAGCUUUUUGACGAUGACGACGAUGAUGAAGACAGCAGCGAACAGAGGGUAAGAAAGAAGGUUAAAAGAAGGGCCCCACAACAAAUUUUGAAGCUGCCUAACGAGAAGAAUAUACAAAACGCGAAAAAUCUAGAGGUUCUGCAAAAGCAGAUCGAUGCACUAGACGACGAGGUCAAACAAUGGAUCCAGGAACUGGACGAGCCGGACAAAAGCACAGAAUGCGAGAACUUCAAGGAGAGUCUCGGAAAACUUCGAGAGGAGCUCCAAGAGCAGCCCUUCGAUGAUGCCUCGAAGGAUCCAAUCCCAGAGUUAGAGCGUGACCUGCGUAUCAGAAUGGAGCGUUUGUAUUCGAUAUCUCACCUUUUGCAAUCAAACUCAAAGCUCCUGUCGGAAACCUCGCAGCGGAAGCUGAGGGAAUUGACCCAGCAUAUCAAUGAAUCCGUCUUCACCACACCGAUGAUAGCCCAGCAACCAACUAAUGACACCAAGAGCCUGCUUCUGGGUCUCAGCAGGCUACUAGCACCGUCAAAGACCUAA